AUGGCCAGGAGAAAUUCAUUCAAACGUACCGACCGGUUGAAUACGAAAGACGCGUCUGGGGACAAGCCAUCAAAAUCGACUUGGCCCCGACACCCGGAUGCGGCAAGUUCCUCAUCGAGCCCUUACCCCAACGUCGAGAACAGCUUGCCCACCCCUCGUUCGGACGAGUCACCCUCUGGAGAGUCGGUCUCGGCAGGAGGUCGCAGAGCCUCGGUCCAUCAUGCAGGAGCACUGAAUGCCAAGAUUGCUAUUCCUCGUGAUGUGAGCAACGUUGGCCUGUUACCAACGGGACGUGUGUCCCGUGCCUGUGGUAUAUGCCGAUCGCGUAAAGUCAAGUGUAGUGGUGAGCAGCCUGUGUGCCGACAAUGUCGUGACUUGCACCUGGACUGUUACUAUCCUCUGGGGUGGAAUGAACGAAUGAAAAAGGAAACGCAUGAUCUCACAGCGUUGCUACAAAACUACCGGAGUUUGGUCCAAGACCUCCUCGAAAGCGAUAGUGGAUCCUGUGGGCAGUGGGCUCAAGCUUUGAUCGAAAAGUACCCGUUGUUGAAGGACGACUUGCCGGAAUCAACUCAACGACAGUCACAUGCUUCGCAUGAAAGGGUUGAGUCUAGACCCCUAGCCCCAGCGAUGGACCAACCCAGUCAGUCGUACGUGCCAGCUGAAGCUUUGUACCAGCUCACUAACUUCAAUUUCGACGUUUCAGACCCCGGAGAACAAGUCGAGCCACCCUUGAACGCAGAGGGCGUGAAGAAGGAGGCGUUCGAGCAGCUCAUCGGUGUUUUCCCAUACAUCGCUCCUCAGCCGGUUGAUAAAUACGGGUUACCCCCACGCCAGAUGGCGGAUCUCCUCUUCGAUGAGUACUGGAGUAAUGUGCACCCAUUUUUCCCCAUGAUCAAUCGACCGCUAUUCCGUUGCCAGUACCAGAACUUCUGGGAUCAAGGUCAGCAACCAGGGGAUAAAUGGCUAGCUAUCCUCAAUGUUAUCUUCGCCAUUGCAGCCAAGCACGCAUACAUGAUCCAGGCACCGUGGCGGGGUGAAGAUACUGAUCACUUUGUCUUCUUCACUCGAGCUCGACUGCUGAGUCUGAGCGGAGAAGAGCUGUUCAGCCCGCCAAAUCUUCAACAAGUGCAGCUCGAAGGCUUGAUCGCAUUUUAUUUAUUGGCCACUGAUCAGAUCGGCAGAGCUUGGAGAGUAUCUGCUUUAGCAGCUCGUUCUGCCAUUACUCUCAGUGUCAAUCGCAACCAAUCCAGAAAAUUGCCCGCGAAAUUGAGAGAGGCCCGAUUCCGCCUCUGGUGGUGUCUGCAUACCCUUGAGCAAACAUUGAGUCUCAUCUCCGGUUAUAUUACUUCGAUUCCGAAAGAUCGACACGCACCACCUCUACCGAUUCCAUUUGAAGAGGAGGAGUUUGAAACCAACUCGUCGGCCUCGGCACUCCUCCAGCACCCGAGCGUCCGAAUACAGUGGCUUCAAACCAUAAUGCCAAGUUCCCAAAGCUGGCAAAAUGACGCCGAUGGACAACCGUCUCAACAAGAAUCAAGGCCCAGAGACGAAGCGUGGCUGAAAAGGCUUGAACCGAAUUCUGGUCUUUUCUAUCUGUUCUACUGCGACUUGGCGGUUAUCAUAGAAGAGAUCGUCAACCAGCUCCACAUAUCCAACAUCUGGAUUGAUAAGGAGAAACGUCUUGACGAUCUUCAAUGUCGAUUGGAGUACUGGAAGAAUAGCCUCCCAUCAUCUUUGGAUUUUGUAUCAAUCGAUACGCAGAGCAGCGUGGAGCAAGUACGAUACAAACUCGCACUUGCACUACACUACCAGAGUGCACGAAUCGUCUUAGGACGUCUCUGGUUCUGCCGGAAGAAUGAGCUUGGCCCGGAUGACUCCCAGCCUCUGAACAAUUCUAUGGCUUCGAUGAAUCUGGAUGCCGCCAAGCAGAUUCUCGAUUUGAUCCCGGAUCAACCGGAUACGAUGCAGCUCUACAAGAUGUUCCCUUGGUGGAGCAUACUCCACUAUAUCUCCCAGGCUGCCAAAAUAAUCCUUUUCGAGCUGUCGAUCGGGUGUGUGCACGUUCAAGAAAGCACGUCCCAUCUCCUUUGGCUCUCCGAGAAAGCUCUUCAAUGGCUCCAUGCAAUGUCCACUAGCAGUCCAGGCGCGGAAAGAGCAUGGCGGUCAUGUGAUGCUUUCUACCGAAAGCUGUGCGAGCAGAUGGGAUAUAACACGGACAAUGUCCCCCCGCGAAUGGAUAAACCAGAGGAUUCUCUCUACGCAAAUCAACAGAGUUCAGGCUCUAUUGGUGAUUUAGACAAAUUCGAUUUUCAAAUUGACGAGUUCGAGUUGACUGAUUGGAUACCAUGA